AUGAGCGACCAGAAUCAAUUGGGGGACUUGAGGUCAGGUCCUCCUCCACACAUCGAGAUUUCCAACGAACCAAACCCUGCGGAACGCCCGGGCCGACCCCAUGGCAAAAUAUGUUGGUUUCUGGGGAAGGUUACAAAUGGUGCAAUAAAAAAUAUUUCUUGCUCGAACUUGAGAGAUUCAUGUAGUCGUGACCCUGUUCUCCCGAAUGUUGAUCGUGAAGGUGUCUCAUCUAUUUCAAAUAUCGAGAUUCAGGAUGCUCCCCCUGGUGUGGAACAAGGCGCUGAUCCCUCAUCAGCACUUCAAGAAGCCAAUGAUGCUGCCAAAGGCAUGAAUCUUCUUUCGGGACAUGUGACAUCUGGAGUUUCCGCCGCAAAAAAUGCAUCAACAGAUCUUGAGGAUGCAUAUAAAUUCAGAGACACGUAUCUUCAGCCUCUCAGAAUAUUUGACAGCAUUAUUGAGAAGCUUGGAGAUGCUCAUUGGCCCUGA